GUUAGGUCCCAUAUGUAGUUUCUUUAAUCUUAGGUCUUCUUUCUAAAUUGCUGUUCAGUUUAGGUUUGUUUUCUAUGUUUUUUUUAAGGUUUUGUUUCCAAAAUCUAUGUUAAGGUAAAAAAGAUGAGAAAUUUCGGGGCUCUAAUACUAUUUAAUUAGUUAGGGUUUGCUUUCGAGUUAAGCUUAAUUUAAAGUAUUGAAAACUGCUAGUAAGUAACGUUAUAUUUUCGUCAUUUAUUUUGGGAUAACUGUUGGCACUAACCAUAUAUAAUUUCUUUAAAAUCUCACUAUCUACCACGUGGCUAUCCAAGUCAACGAUCUCUCCUAUUCCUAAUGGCAGAAAGUAAACGAGAUCACUGAAUUGAGAUUGUUUUCAGUUUUGCACACAAAACACAAAAAACCAUUGACUUGGUUUGUUUUAACUUAAUUAAUGUCGAUCAAGCCAAAUAUAAAAUCGAAAUCUAUUAGUUAGACUUUUCAAUUUUCGUAAUGUACUUGGUCUCUUAGUAAUCCAGAUUCAUCAAUUAUAUACGAUGACACUCUCUUGUCAUUUAAUUAAAUAAAAAAACUAAUAUCACAUAGUAUUUUCGUUAUAAAUAAGGGUUCAUCAAUGUUGCUCUAAAAUCACACUUAAAAGUCACCUUUCAACCCAAAAUAUCCACUUUAGUCACGUUUCCAGCUAUCUAUCUAUCUUUCUCCUGAGAGACCUAGCUAUGUCGUCGAGAGCUCACCCUGUAGACGGAGAUCUAAGUCCGGCUACGGACGGUGGAAAUCUUCCGAUCAAAUCUUCUCCCACCCGGCAUAAGGUUGGGAUCCCACCGAAGCCAAACAUGUUCAAGGAUUUCAUGUACACAUUCAAAGAAACUUUCUUCCACGAUGAUCCUCUAAGGGAUUUUAAGGAUCAGCCUAGGUCCAAGCAGUUCAUGCUCGGUCUCCGGUCCGUCUUCCCUGUCUUCGAUUGGGGACGUGACUAUAAUCUCAAGAAGUUUCGAGGCGAUCUCAUCUCCGGUUUAACCAUCGCAAGUCUCUGCAUUCCUCAGGAUAUUGGAUACGCUAAGUUGGCUAAUCUUGAUCCUAAAUACGGUUUAUAUUCUAGUUUCGUUCCUCCAUUGGUGUAUGCUUGCAUGGGGAGUUCGAGGGAUAUAGCAAUUGGACCCGUUGCUGUGGUUUCUCUAUUGAUAGGCACUUUGCUACGAGCUGAGAUUGAUCCAAACACAAGUCCUGAUGAAUAUCUCCGCCUUGCCUUCACUGCCACGUUUUUCGCCGGUAUCACCGAAGCAGCCCUUGGAUUCUUCAGGUUAGGGUUCUUGAUCGAUUUCCUAUCACACGCGGCUGUGGUGGGCUUCAUGGGUGGCGCGGCCAUCACCAUCGCUCUCCAGCAGCUUAAAGGCUUCCUCGGGAUCAAGAAAUUCACCAAGAAAACCGAUAUCAUUGCUGUUCUUGACUCCGUUUUCAGCUCGGCUCAUCACGGCUGGAAUUGGCAGACUAUACUCAUUGGUGCAUCGUUCUUGACCUUCCUGCUCACCUCUAAAUUCAUUGGGAAGAAGAGCAAGAAACUGUUCUGGGUGCCAGCGACUGCGCCAUUAAUAUCAGUUAUCAUUUCUACCUUCUUUGUCUACAUAACCAGAGCAGACAAACAAGGAGUUCAAAUCGUGAAACACCUUGACCAAGGUAUCAACCCAUCCUCUUUCCAUCUAAUCUACUUCUCCGGUGAUAACCUUGCUAAGGGCAUCCGCAUCGGUGUAGUCUGUGGCAUGGUCGCUUUAACAGAAGCUGUAGCGAUUGGAAGAACCUUUGCUGCGAUGAAAGACUACCAAAUCGACGGUAACAAAGAGAUGGUAGCAUUAGGCAUGAUGAACGUUGUAGGAUCGAUGUCUUCUUGCUACGUUGCUACUGGAUCGUUCUCAAGAUCAGCUGUCAAUUUCAUGGCUGGAUGUCAAACAGCGGUUUCCAACAUAAUAAUGUCAAUCGUCGUUCUCUUGACAUUGCUCUUCCUCACACCUCUCUUUAAGUACACUCCAAACGCCAUCCUCGCAGCUAUCAUCAUCAACGCCGUGAUUCCAUUGAUAGAUAUUCAAGCUGCUAUUUUGAUCUUCAAGGUCGAUAAGCUCGAUUUCGUCGCUUGUAUGGGAGCUUUCUUUGGCGUCAUCUUUGUUUCCGUUGAGAUCGGACUUCUCAUUGCGGUCUCUAUCUCGUUUGCUAAGAUCCUUUUGCAAGUAACAAGGCCUAGAACUGCAGUUCUCGGAAAUAUUCCAAGAACUUCGGUUUACAGAAAUAUUCAACAGUAUCCUGAAGCCACUAUGGUUCCAGGGGUUCUUACUAUUCGUGUUGACUCUGCUAUCUACUUCUCCAACUCAAAUUACGUUAGAGAAAGGAUUCAGAGAUGGCUACAUGAGGAAGAAGAAAAGGUAAAGGCAACAAGCCUACCCAGGAUUCAGUUUCUCAUCAUCGAAAUGUCACCUGUUACGGACAUCGAUACUAGCGGAAUCCAUGCCUUAGAAGACUUAUACAAGUCUCUCCAAAAAAGAGACAUUCAGUUGAUUCUGGCGAAUCCUGGACCGUUGGUGAUAGGCAAGCUACACUUGUCACACUUUGCCGACAUGUUAGGAGAAGACAAUAUCUAUCUGACGGUAGCUGACGCCGUUGAUGCUUGCUGUCCAAAACUCUCCGACGAGGUAUAAAAUUUACAAGAAAGAAGAAGAAGAUAAUGACGAAGAAGAAGAAGAAGAAGAAGAGGGAGAUGCUCUCUCUAAGUGUUGUACAGUAGAGUAAAGAAAGUGACUCUUGCCUUCAAUUGUAAUUUUGGUCUUUGGACCCUUUUGUUUAUGAUUCUUCUAUCGUAUUAGAAGAUAAGGGGUCAAGUGUAAAGUUGACCUCUGGGUCCCCAUCUUGUUGUUCUACUACUGUACUUUUUUUAAAUAAAGUAUUGUAAAUUGAAAUUUUGAAUUUUCUAUCUAA